AUGCUAGCCAAUUCCCGCACAAUUUGGAAACUGCCACAGCUUGCGCUCUUGGCACGGCGGCCGCUCCACGCACAGCACAGCCCCCUGGCCUUCGCCGCAAAGCACACAGCAGGCGCCGGCACUAUCGACAGGCGGGUCGGCACAGUUUCGCCGCACCGGCACCACCUGGUAGUCUGCAACUCUCGCUCCAGCGAAUGGCCGUCCAAGAUCGAGGGGCUGAGUCCCGCCAUCACAGCGCUUGCCCGCGGCAGUGUGCGGCUGCCUGGACGCGCCAUGGUGACGCUGUCGGACUUUGCCCCACUGCCGCGCAGGCACGGCGGCUGCUCAUGCAGUGCGCCAGCAGAGCCCGACGUGCCGGUAGAGGAGAAGUUUGCAAAGAUCGACGUCGCAGUGUUUCCGCACGGGCUGGUUGCCGAGCAGCUGGAUGUCGAUGGCGUGCAGAAGCUGCUGGAGUGGCUGGGCCACGAUGUCCUGCCAACAUCGUGGACAUCGACAGACACGGGCCUGCCGCAGCCGCAGUUUGCCCACCGCUGGCUCGACAUGAACAAGAACCGGCACAUCUUCAUAUGCACGCACGGCUCACGCGACCAGCUGUGCGGUGUGCACGGAACGCAGCUGCUGCGUGAUGUGCGCGCGCUGAUCGCGGAUCAUGGGCUGGGCAAGCAUGUUGCGGCAUGGGAGACGUCGCAUGUGGGCGGCCACAAGUACGCGGCCAACGCGAUUGUCUACCCGCGCGGCGACUGGUACGCGACAUGGUGCGACAAGUGUCGCGGCGAGGGUGGUGCGCCGGUGGCGGACACUGCUGGUCGGACAGAUGCGCAGGCGCUGCUGGAUGCUGUCACCCGCGAUGCCGUGUGGUGGGAGUCGUGGCGUGGAGCUGUAAAUAUGACCAAGAACGACCAGAUUACUACCUACCGGAGGAACUACCCUGGGCUGUCGGCGCAAGAAGCGGAGCACGACGACUCGGUAUGGACUCCUCAGUGCGUGGCCCAGAACGGACCCACGGUCAAUGUGGAGCUGGGCCGGAUCACAUCUAGAGCGAUUUCAAGUGGGCCGCGACAGACAGGCGAAAAGUGGAUGCUGUUCACGAAUGCAUCCACCAUCGACCCGCUGCCGCUUGUUUCAAGCAUGGGUUCUGGCAGCAUCAGCGAGGCUACCAGGGCAGAGGCGGGCACCCGUGCAUCCUGA